UUAAUGUCAUUUCGAAACAGUUCCUGUAUCCGUCACGUGACUUGCUGAAACCAAUACGCGCACCAACACGGGUUUUGGUCUUUGGGCUUGCAUGCGCCGACGCAUUGGUGUUGCUGGAUCCAUCACUAGUACAUACAGCAUGUUGCAAUAAUUCAGUUUCACAUCCUAAUCCGAGUUUUAACAUGUUCUGUGAACACUGAAUUUGCGCGCGCGGGGAUUUUAAAACCACUGAUCCUCCGCCUCUCAUUGGAAGCCCGCUGAACUGCUCAGCCAAUCACAGUGAAGGGACAGUACAGCUGAAUUUACAUGCACUGUGUAUAAGAAUGGUCUCCGGACCAUAGCGUCAACUUCACUCCGAGAGAAAAUGCCUGAACCUGCGAAGUCUGCGCCCAAGAAGGGCUCCAAGAAAGCUGUGACCAAGACGGCCGGCAAAGGAGGCAAGAAGAAGAGAAGGACCAGGAAGGAGAGCUACGCCAUCUACGUGUACAAGGUGCUGAAGCAGGUCCAUCCUGACACCGGAAUCUCCUCCAAGGCCAUGAGCAUCAUGAACUCGUUCGUCAACGACAUCUUCGAGCGCAUCGCCUCCGAGUCUUCCCGUCUGGCUCACUACAACAAGCGCUCCACCAUCACCUCCAGGGAGAUCCAGACCGCCGUGCGGCUCCUGCUGCCCGGCGAACUGGCUAAGCACGCCGUGUCUGAGGGCACCAAGGCGGUCACCAAGUACACMAGCUCCAAGUAAACUGUCCGCUGCGGAAGUUKCUCAACCCGAAGGCUCUUUUAAGGGCUACCCACAAUGUCUGAAGAGCGCUGACCCUGACGCUUUAGUCUGCUUUGUUCAGGAAGAUUGAGCUAUAACACAUGACUCUUAGAAAAAGAAAAACACUGGAACUGUUCUUUUAAGCUGUACUGUUAUAUAAAAUGGUUCAGUACUUUAAAUUCCAUGGACUUUAAGUUUAAUAAAGUGAAAA